UCCGCGGCGAGCGGCCGAGCGAGCGCCAUGACUACGUGUGCGCCGCGCGCGUGCUGCCGGUCGCGCGCCCCGCCGACCCUGCUCGACAUCACCGCCAAGAUCGUCGCCGCCGCGAUCCCCUUCCAGCGCAUCGAGGAGCGCUAUGAACGCAUUCCGGAGCCGGUGCAGCGGCGCGUCGUGUACUGGUCUUUCCCGCGAGACGAACGCGACAUCUGUAUGUACUCGUCUCUGGCGCGCGCGCCGCCUGACGACCACCGCAACAUCGCCUUCUGUCGCGGCCUCAAGCUCCUGGAGGCCGGCUGCGUUGAGAACGUCCUCCAAGUCGGAUUCCAUUUGAGUGGCGUCGUCCGCGCCCCAGCCGCAGUCCCUCCCUGCUCUGAACCUGAAAGAUUGUUCAGGGUCACAGUCUCUUUCGACAGGUGUAAAAUAACAGGUGUAACAUGCAGCUGCGAAGCGAGGGAUAUCUUCUGGUGCCAGCACGUAGUCGCGCUGGCGUUGUACCGAAUCAGGAAUGCAGAUUCUGUGCGGUUACGAGUACCAAUAUCAGAGACCCUGCUCCAAAUGGAUAGGCAACAACUGCAGAAGUUCGUGCAAUAUUUAAUAGCAGAACAUCACACCGAGGUGCUGCCAACCGCCCAGCGUUUGGCUGACGAGGUCUUGCAGGCCAGGUCUGCUAUUAACAGGAUUUGUGGGGCACCGGACCCUACAGCGGGGCCUCCACCUGAUGCGCAUCAUGCUUGGCACUUGGACGAACAACAGGUUUGCGAACAAGUCCGAGCGUAUUUAUUACAGGGAACUUACUAUAAUGCCAAUAAGCAACUCAAUUCGUUAUUUUCUAAGGUGCGUGAAAUGCUACGUGCUCAAGAUUCAAACGGUCCAAGAAUGUUAAUGCUAAUGACUGAACAGUUCCUAUCAGAUCCCAGAUUGCUCUUGUGGAGGAAUCAAAAUACUCCUAUGACUGAGAAAUGUAGACAAUUGUGGGAACAAUUGGGUGCGUUAUGGAUCAGUAUAGUCCUUGACCCUGGAAGUAAUAAACAUCACAGGAUGCAGUGGAGGCACCUGCUCGAAAAAUGGUCAGCUGUGGAAGUUUGUCCUACUGAAGAUCCGGAUUACAGGUCGUUUCCAUUGUACGCAAGAGAACGAGAGAGAAGCGAAAGAGACCGAGACAGAGAUCAUCGGGACAGAGACCGGGAAAGGCAUAGAGAUAGAGAAGACAGGGAUAGAGAAAGACUGCGCGAAAGAGAAGAGAGAGAUAGAGAAAGGCAUAGAGAGAGACAGAGAAGAGAAAUGCACUCCCAUUCAGAAAGUUCCGAUGAAGAUUCUAGACCUAAUAAUUAUGAACGAGAAUACCGGAGAGCAAGUAAAAGACUGCGGUUACACAAUCAGAGGCCUGCGCUGAUGACGCCCAGAACGGUGUUCCAUAAAGCUCUAGACGCGGUUGAUAUCUCAUGGGAAAAUGAACACUUGAAAAAUAUUUUGAGUUCAGACGAGUUUUGUGACCCAGAGAAACCGGACAAGGCCGGUGCAUCGACUGGUUCUACCUCACUACAGCCUUACCCGAAGUUUAACGAAUUAGGGCAACCGUUGUGGCAUGAACAUCUCCCAGUGGUAGGUGCGCGUAUAGAGGCGUUGCGUGCGCACGGGCGCGCGCCCGCGGCCCUGCGGCUCGCUGUGGCGGCCGCGCGCGCCAUGAGGCACCGCCAGGAAGUAGCUCAGCAGCGAUGGCAAGAAGCGGGCGGUGGAGAGGCGAGCAGUAGUAGCAGUGGGAGCGGAGCCGCGUGCGCGAGCGAGUCGUGCGCGGGGCAGUGCGACCGCGCCAAGCUGUCGCUGGUGUGCGCGCACAUGGACGCCGGCGCGUGCCUGCCCGCCGCCAGCACGUGCGCGCUCUCGCACUCGCAGCGGUGCAUCGGCAGAGACAGCCGUUGUUGGACGGGCUGGACGCUGGAAGCCAUCUGGUGCGUGUACGAAUGUCUGGCGGACGCGUGUCUCGCGCCGGACGAUCAGCGUGCCUCGCCGCGUCUACACACCUACAUUGACGAAGAGCCUAACACUGGUCUACCUCCUAGAUACCAGCACGUGCCAGUAGCUGGCAGCAAAAAUCCUGAAGAAACUUAUCUCGCCCUCGCGCUAGAGGCAGCUUUGCUCGGUCUUGGUAUGCAGAGGAUGCUACCUAGCGGCCUCUAUGCGCAAGAGCGGUAUUGUAAACAGGAGGAGCGGCUCAUCAGCCAGCUGCAGCGCGUGGAGGGCGAGGCGGCGGGCGGCGUGUGCGCGCGCGUGGCGCGGGCGCUGCUGGCGGGCGGGCCCGCCUCCUGCCUCGGCACCACGCUGCACCCGCGCUCCGCGCCCGCGCACACCUUCGCGCGCUUCCUGUUCCUGGCGCUGCUGCCCAGCGAGCCCGACCUGGCCUACCGCGUCGGCCUACGCGCCAUGAGACUGCCCAUGGUGGAGGAGGCGUACGCGCUGGACGGCGGCGGCGCGGCGGCGGGCGGCGCGGGCGCGUGGCACACGCUGCAGCACGCCGAGCAGCAGCAGGCCGCGCUCGCCAGCGCGCUGCUCGGCGCGGCGCGCGGCACGCCCGCAAGACUGCGUGCAGCGUUAGCCGCGGCGCAGCGACACGUGCGCUCCGCAGCGCAACUGUUCCGGUUAGCGCAGGACGCGCUGCGGCACGCUGCGCCACCCGAUGCGCCCCACCACCACCGAGACUUGCUCGCCGCCGCCUUCGAGCUCGGGUUGCAGGUUCUCCGGAUGACGCUGUCGGCGGUGAACUGGCGGCGGCGCGAGAUGGUGCGCUGGCUCGUUACAUGCGCCACGGAGCUGGGGCUCGACGCGCUGCUCUCCAUCAUGCAGAACUGGUACGAGCUAUUCACUCCGACGGAGGCAACGGGCCCAGUAGCCGCGGCUGCUAUGUCACACGCUACAGCCCUACGACUUGGGCUUAGCUUCGAGCAGCAGGAGAAGCUCAGUGCCACCGCGCGCACACUGGCGCUGCAGUGUGCUGCUAAAGACCCGCCGGGUUGUGCACUCAGCGCGCUGUCGGUGUGCGAGGGCUCGGCGGGCGCGUUCGAGGCGGCGUGCGCGGCGGUGGGCGGGGCGGCGGCGCGCGGCGCGCUCGCGUCCAGCCAGCUGUUCGCCGUGGCGCGCUACAUGGAGCAGCGCGGCCAGCCCGCGCGCGCCAUGCGCCUCGCCACGCUCGCCAUGCGCAACCUGCACCUGCACUACAACCAGGACAGCCACCCGGCCAUCGCGGACAUCCACUGGGCAGUAGCGCUGGCGCAUUCGCUGGGCCGCGCCGAGCUGCAGGCCAUGCUGCCGCUGCUCGUUAAGAACGUGCAGUGUGCGCCUGUCUUGUCGGACGUGCUGCGGCGCUGCUGCGUGGCGGCGGCGGGCUGCUCGCGCGCGCGGCCGCCGCCCCCGCGCCCGCCCACGCCGCUGCGCCCGCUGCUGGAGGCCGCGCUGCGCGCCUACGCCUCCACCACGCACGCGCGCCUGGCGCACAUCUCGCCGCGCCACUACGCGGACUUCGUCGACUUCCUCGGUAAAGCUCGAGACACUUUUGCGCUGGCUCACGAUGGCCCCCACCAGUUCGCAGCUCUACUACAAGAAAUAAAGUUAAAAUACAAAGGCAAAAAGAAACUCAUGUUCCUUGUCAAAGAGAGGUUCGGCUGAAACUGUAGCUAAUAUUUAUUUCUCGAAAUUUAUAUUGCAGUAAGUAAAAAAAAAUACUAACUACACUGUAAUAACAUUACAUGGCCAUAGUAUAUUGAUUUGAUUUAAAAUUUUAUUUUAAUGUUAAAAAUUUCGUGCAAUAGAUGGCCAGGUAUUGUAUAUUUUUAUAACUAUAUCCAUUCGAAUAAAAGACGUUUAUCGUAUUCGUAAGAUAAUUAUAUAAUAAAUAUGAAUCACGGU